GAAAAUAUUCCUGUUAAAGAUACUAUCUAAUAGUUCGUUUAUUUGCAUAAGAAAAGAAGAUUUGUCAGAGUGAAAGGAAUGAGUCGACGGACGGAGAAGAGAGGGGCAUUUUCCGAGUUGUGAAACAAUUUUCGUUUCGAAGAGCUUGUUCAGGGGUUAGAACGGAGAGUAAUGGUGGCAUAAAUAUUCCGAGGUUGCGCAUCGUGGUCGCCGUAUCAGUUGGAAAGCUGAGGGAGGCGAGCAAGUGGUGGCGAAGGAACACGAGGAAGCCCGAAUUCGCGUGCGAGUUCAGUGCGAAUCGUGCUCCGCACGAGUGUUCGUCCAGUCUAAUCGGAAGGGUGGUGAAACUUAACCGUGGGAGGACACUGGGCGUUUAUAGGUAAGGAAAAAUGACAGAAAAACAACCGCUUUACAAAUUGAUCUACUUUAAUGCUCGUGGUCGUGCCGAGCAUAUCCGCUACAUAUUUGCAUAUGUUGGAAUUGACUAUGUCGAUGAAAGAAUCUUCAAAGAACGCUGGCCUGAAUUGAAGAAAUCAAUGCCUUAUGGAAUGCUGCCAGUGCUGGAGAUAGACGGGAAACCGAUAGCGCAGAGUAACGCAGUAGCAAGAUACUUGGCGAGGAAGCACAAUCUAACCGGUAGAAACGAAUGGGAGGCAAUGAUGUGCGAUGUACUCGUCGAUACUCUUGGAGAUUUAAAGCAAUUUAUAUCUCAAUAUCGUACUGAGGAGGAUCUCUUCAAAAAAGAGGAAAAGAAGAUGAAAUUGCUGAAGGAAACAAUACCAUUUUAUUUGAACAAGUUUGAACAGAUUAUCAGUGAAAAUGGAAGUUACACCGUUGGCACGACCACAACAUGGGCAGAUUUUGUCUUCGCAGUAGCUCUUGAAAAUUUCGAGAAUAUUUUUGGAACAAUGGCUUUAGAAAAUUAUCCAGGUCUUCGUGCAUUGAAAAAGAGAGUUCACGAAAUACCUAGUAUUGUUAGUUGGUUAUCUAAACGACCACACACGGAAUUUUAAAAAUAUUUGAAAUUAUGAGGAAAAUGACGAAUGAUAACAUGUCUAUGUAUAUUUUGUGUAUAUGUUUUAUCAAGUAGUAUUGUGUUGGUUAACAUAAAAUUACAAAUACCUUAAAUUAUUAACAAAAUCGUUUAUCUACACUGAAAGAACUGUAGAAUUUCGUAAUUUUUGUUUCUUUGUAAAAAUUAUUACAAUAAAUUAUUUAAAGUAAGUUAGAAAACACAAAUAAUAAAUGCAUGUAUAUAAUAUAAAAUAUCUCAAGAUAAAUAUUAUAUGAUGUGUUAUUUAAUAUUAAAACAAAAAUUUAUAUAUAUAUUUAUAUAUAUAUAUAUAUAUACUUAAGUUGUAACUAAAGUACAUAAUUAUAUCAUAUUUCUUGUUUAUUCAAA